GAUCUCAUUUUCAAUAUUAGUACAAGUUGUAAUUAUUUCAUUUAAGACAAAUAAGUAAGAAGGGGAUUUUGAACCGUUAUCGAGUAUAGAUAUGGAAUAAUAAAUUAUUAACUUCUACAACGGAUAACUUACCGAAUUACACAAUUAAUCGAACAAUUAUUAUUUAGCGUAUUAGUAAUUUACGUAACAAAAACUUUACCUUUAGCACCAAAAGAUUAAGAUUUUAUUACGUUUUCAUUUAAUAUUUGUUGUUCUGGUUUCUUUAUUAUAUAUUUUUUUUAAUUUAAUAAUAAAAUAUUAAUUUGUUUAAAAUGCUGAAGCUCUUUUCAUAUUCUUAUGUCUUUUUUUUCUGUUAUUGUUUUGUACAAUCACAGCCCGCUCCUAAAGAUCCUCUGUCAGAUGAAUUUAUAAAUCAUAUUAAUUCAAUACAAAAUACAUGGAAGGCUGGACGUAAUUUUCAUAAAAAUACUCCUAUGAAAUACCUUCAAAAUCUAAUGGGUGUGCAUAAAGAUAAUGAUAAACAAGAAAAAUUAGAACAGUUGUUAGAAUACAAUGAUUUUUCCAGUUUACCCGAAAACUUUGAUUCAAGGGAAAAUUGGCCUAAUUGUCCAACUAUAAGAGAAAUUAGAGAUCAAGGCUCAUGUGGUUCUUGUUGGGCUUUUGGUGCAGUAGAAGCUAUGUCUGACCGUGUUUGUAUACAUUCGAAUGGAACUCUAAAUUUUCAUUUUUCUGCUGAAAAUUUAGUAUCAUGUUGUUGGACUUGUGGUUUUGGAUGCAAUGGUGGUUUUCCUGGUGGUGCUUGGCGUUAUUGGAAAACAACUGGAAUCGUUAGUGGUGGCUCAUACAACUCCCACAUGGGAUGUAUUCCUUAUGAAGUAGCUCCUUGUGAACAUCAUGUAAAUGGAACAAGAGGACCAUGUAAAGAGGGUGGGAAAACACCUAAAUGUGUCAAAAAAUGUGAAGAUGGUUAUAAAUUGUCAUACAAAGAUGAUUUACAUCAUGGUAAAUCUGCAUACUCAAUUGGAAAUGGAGUGGAUCAAAUCAGAAAAGAAAUUUAUACUAAUGGGCCUGUAGAAGGUGCAUUUACCGUGUAUGAGGAUUUUGUAUCUUAUAAAUCUGGAGUUUAUAAACAUGUUGCUGGUAAAGCACUUGGAGGACAUGCUAUUAGAAUACUUGGAUGGGGAGUAGAAAACAAUACACCUUAUUGGUUGGUGGCCAAUUCUUGGAAUACUGAUUGGGGUGAUAAUGGUUUUUUUAAAAUUUUAAGAGGACAAGAUGAAUGUGGUAUAGAAGGACAAAUUAAUGCUGGUAUUCCUGCUUAAUAACCUUAGUAAUAACAUUCUCUUUUAUAUAAUUAUGUGAUAAUUUUUUUUUUAGCGUUAAAAAUAAAGUUCAUGCUAAGACUUAAUUUUGAAAAAUAUUGUAUUUUUAAAUUAAAGUUUUAU